AACUGAAGAACAAAUCUAUGAACUCUUCAGCAAAAGUGGUGACAUAAAGAAAAUCAUCAUGGGCCUGGAUAAAAUGAAGAAAACAGCACGUGGGUUCUCCUUUGUGGAACACUAUUCAAGAGCAGAUACAGAAAAUGCCAUGUGGUACAUAAAUGGAACGCGUCCGGAUGACCGGAUCAUUCGCACAGACUGGGACGCAGGCUUUAAGGAGGGCAGGCAGUAUGGCCGUGGGCGUUCUGGAGGCCAUGUACGAGAUGAGUAUCGUCAGGACUAG